AUGGAUCCUAAUGCCUUUAUGGUGGGAGGUGGCGUGCAAAUGCAGCAAAGACCACAACCUCAGACCGACCAACUUCCCAACGAACUCCUGGCCAGGAUCGUACAAGAGUUGGCAAAGACUCCCAUACACUCUGGAUGGCAGGCUGCAUUCGACCCUCGCACUCGUGCCAUGUGCAUCCUUAAUCUGGUGAAAGCGCUACGUUUGCUGAACAACACGAAUGACCUGGGCAGUGCCGUCCAGAUGGCAAUGCGCUUCGAAGGCCAGAUCAUCAGCACCAGCGCCUCCGAGGAACAAUGGAUGGUGGGCAUCAAGUCGAAACUGAACGAAAUCAGCCUGGCACAUCAACAAACGCGCAUGAAGGCACAGCAACAACAGCAACAGCAACAACAAGCCAUGGGGAUGCAGAUGCAGCCCAGUCGCUCCCACCAAGGUGAAAUGGCCCCACAAAUGUCCAUGGCGCCGCAAAUGAUGGCCCAAAUGAAUAUGCAACCGCACAUGCAGCAACCUCAACAACAGCUGCCACCUCAGCAGCAGCAGCCGCAACAGCAGCAACAACAACAACAACAACAACAACAACAACAACAACAACAACAGGCUCAGAACCAACAAAAUCAAACCUUCACUCCCGACGAGCAGAAGCAAAUCACAAACAUGGCGCGCACCUUGAUUACCCAGGUCCCCGAGGAGCAACGGAACAUCAUCCGUCAGCGUAUCAUGUCCGGCUUACCGCCUCAGCAGAGAGAGUACUACCAACGCCAGGGUGUUGACCCGUUUGCCAAGCACUUUCAGCAGAUUGCCAUCAAAAAGUUCAACAACGAGAAGAUGAAGAGAAGCCAACCACAGGCUGGUGGACCGAUAGAUUUCUCGUCAUUUGCCGGUCAACAGGCCGAUGCCAUGAAGAUGGCCGACCAAGGCCAGCUUGUCGUGCCAGCUAGCAACAAUAACAUGGGAAUGGAUCCCGCGGCUGCCAAUAUGGGCAUGAACAUGCAGCCCGCCAUGCAGAACAACCAGCAGCAGAUCCAGAAUAUGAUGGCCCAGAGACAACAACAAACCCAGGCCCAGAUGCGAAACACUCAAAUGCAGCAACAGGCUCAGGCACAAGCUCAAGCUCGCAAUGCUGCUCAGCAACAAGCCCAGCAACAGAUGCUUAGAGGGCAACCUGGCGGUCUCAACACCAAUCAAGCUCCACAGCAAAGUCCCGCCAUGUCCAUGCUCAAUCGGCCUAUGGUUCCACCUGGUCAGCCCUCUCAGACACCUCCUCAGUCUCGUCCCCAGCCUACGCCUCAGCCCAAUCAGCAGAUGAACCCCCAGAUGAUGGCUCAAUUUAGUCAACAAAUUGCGAACAACCCUGGCUUGUUCCCAAACCCCAAACCGGACUUGCAGAUUGCGCAGCUGCCACCGCAGUUGCGGGCCAAGAUCGAGGGUAUGCCCCCUGAUCAGCAACAGCAGAUCCUCCAGAGAUUCCGCGAUUCACAAAAGACGCCGCAAGCUCAACAAGCCCAACAAGCGCAGCAAAUGAUGAUGAACAACUUGAAUCCCGGAGCACCCAUGGGCCAACAAGCACUACCAAACGGUGCCAUGGGUAUGCCUCCACAAGUUCCCCUGAACCCUCAACAACAGAUGGCCAUGGGUAUGGCCGGCGCUCCGAAUCAACAACAAGCUCAGCAGAGGCUUCUGAUACAACGACAGCGCGAGAUGGACACAAGGCCAUUCCCGCCAAGGAUUCUGAACGACAUUUGCCCGGUGCCACCAAAUGUCAAGACAUGGGGCCAACUGAAAGAAUUUGUCCAACAGAACCAGCAGAAUCUACCUGCAGAUACCCUGGACAAGGUUCGUAGAUUCCAGCAAGUUGUCAUACAGAAGCAGAACGCCGCCAUGGCCAACGGGAACGGGCCACCUGUCAAUCAGAUGCCUGGACAAAUGCCACAAGCCCCUGGACCAAAUCAUCCAGCUAUGCCUGGCAGUCAAGCCCCCCCUGCCCAAAUGGUUCCACAACAACCCCAGAUGGGUCCGGGAGCAGGUAUGCCCAACAUGAACGCGAACCCGCAAAACUUUGCCAACAUGGGCAACAUGCUCCAGGUCACAGAGCAAGAGGUACAGGCUUUCAAACAACGGGUGCCUCAAGCGCAAGGUCUUCCGCACGAGCAGGUGCGGAAAUCUGUCUUGCAGUGGAAGAUUAGUCAGAUGCAGAAGCAGAACCCCGCUAUGGCUGCACAGGCAAUUAAUGCAAUGCGACAGUUGCAGAUGCAACAGCAGAACGGUACGCCUGGCAUGCCGCCACAGAAUCCGAUGGCUCCUACCGUACCUCAGAUGGGUCCUCAAUCCGCUGCUAUGGUACCCCAACUAUCGCAACAACUCGCGAAUAUGCAGCAGCAGCAGCAGCAGCAGCAGCAACAAAACGGGCCAGCGAACAAGAAGGGUCAGAAACGAUCGGGUGCAACUGACGAUGUUGUCGAGAUCCCUAACCCAAACCAGUCACCCCAAAGGCCUGCACCCAACAACGCACAGCAGCAUAAGAACCAGAAGCCAACUAUGCAACUCGAUCCUGAGCAGCUCAAGAACAUGCAUCCUGACAAGAUCAAGCAAAUGGCUCCAGAACAGCGUGCCGUCAUGCAACAGUCGAUGCAACAACUGCAGCAAAAAAUGCAAAUGGAUGCUUUGAAGAGGGCUCAAUCCUCUACUAACCAGAAGGCAUCGGAAGGGCAGCUUGGAGCCCAAGCGCAACAGCCUGCACAGAUGACGCAGGCCCAACGCGAGCAGUUACAAGCUCAGAGUGCUUCGCAACCUGCACAGGUUUCACAGCUUAAGAUACAGCAACAAAGAGCCAGACUGACAGCCAUAGUCUCGGAAGUGGAGGCUUCCUACCGCAAGGGUCCUCCUCAGCAAGUCACUGACGCCAGCUUCAACGAGGUGGUUCAGAAGCUGCGUGCUUGCCGAGAGAUGAUUGUAAAACUGGACAAGAUGCUGCCCACUGUCAUGACAUUCGUCAACGACAAGACGGUGCGACAAAUCUGCCACGAGAGGGCUAAGCUCCUUGGCGAGAUGACCUUAGAUGGCAACAUCAAUGGCUACAUCUCGCUGUCGACACAGCAAAUCGGCGAGGCUGAGGGCAGCAUUCGCCGGUUCAUCGUGCAAUGUAUAGCGCACCUACAAAAGAUGAAGCCCUCUUCACCAGAGCAAGUGCAACAGAACACCGACCAAGCAAGACCUCCACCAGCACCACCGGCAGCUACUGCCGCCAUGGCAAGGACAGCAUCCAAGAGCGGUGACCGAUCAAAGCCACCUCCAGCGCCUACAUCGGCCGUGCCUCCUCCAUUCCCUGUUAGUUAUCAAUCCCCUCACGGUGUGCCCGUCUAUGACAAUAGUAUGCAAGGACUUACACCCGACAAGCUACAACUCCCGGCAAACAAGCGCAGAAAGACUGGUCAGCCUGGCAGUUCAGCUUCUACACCUGCAAACGCAGGCACGACCCCUGGCAGCAUGCCUAGUCCCAACAUCAAGAUGCAGAGUCCUGGUGACAAGAGACGGCAAGUGCAGCCCAAGGUCGAACCGCCACGAGGUCCUGAGAGGAAAUACAAGUGCGCCGAUGAGUACUGCGAGUUCUACGUCACUGGCUUCGAGAAAGAAGAAGAGCUUCAAGCGCACACGGUGGAGACACACAAGCAGAUCGAGAACCCCCUCGAUUUCUUAUUGGAGAAUGCGGCUGCUGCGUUUGACCUCGACAUGGAAGGCAAUGAGAAGAUGCCUCAGAUCGACAGCAAGGCGACUCUUACUAGCGUCAAGCCAUCGGCACCAGGACCAAACACAAUCAAGAAGGAGGCCCUCAAGGUUGAAGGUCAGACGCCUGGCAAGAUCGUCAAGGCAGGCACACCUUCGCCGUUUAUCAAACCAGGAACGCCACCAACAGUCGCUCGUACACCGCAAGGACAGAAGCGGUCGGCACCAAAUCAUGAGCCAGCUUCGGCAUCGCCUAAGAAGAAGACCAUGCUCGAUACUAUGAUGGACAAGGCUGGCGUCACGAUGCCGCAAGCUGUCAAACCCACUGCUCAAGAAGACGACCGCAAGCAAUCUUCGACUUCGCCCAACAUGUGGAAUAAUGAUGCCGAUGACAACUUCAUGAGGUCGGUUCGUGAGACUCUCAAUGGUCUCGAUGAAGUAGCACAGUACUCUGACCUGGACUGGGCCAUCGACCCCUCGCCUGACAUGACACCUUCGAGUUCUAAUUCUGGAACCUCGGCGGCCACUUCCAAUUUCACCGACAUCAGCGAGCACGACCGUCUCAAGAUCAUGUUCGAGAGCGAUCCCUUCGGUCUGGGCUCCGGUAUACAGUUCGACCUCGGAGACGACCUUGGCAUGGGCAUCAUGGGCAUUCAGUCUACGUUUGACAACAAGAAAGAAGACCAGAGCAGGCCCACACCACCGCCCGACGUUAGUUGGGAAGCCAUGUUCCCCAACGCUGGCUUGGACAAAAACGAUACAAAUUGGGACAAAGAUCCCAUGGGAAACAGCAUCUUUGACGGCGUUACCUUUUUCGAUAUUUAA